UAGAGACUCCCGUCAAGACUCAAGAAUGAGUGGCGAUGUCCUCUAGCUAACCUCUCACAGAAUUCAUGCCGCUCUGUGUUUCUGCAUAGCGUGCCCGUGGAUGUUUCAGGAAUUCGGGCGCUCCGGAGGGUGUAUGGCCGUGCGCAGGCUGGUGGUGGUGGCGGCGGCGGUGGCCCUGCUUUCUCUGGUGCUCAACAACUUGGCCACGUUCAGCUCCAGCUGGGUGCUGCAGGUGCUGGAGGACGGACGGCGGCGGAGCGUGGGGCUCUGGAGAGCGUGUGAGGACACACACGCUCAUGAGCCCACAGCCUGCCAGAGACUCAGCUGGGGAUCGGAGCUCGCGGGGUAUCAGGAGUCACGCAGCACUGUCAAACUUCAGUUUGACAUGAUGCGGGCAUGUAACCUGAUGGCUACGGUGGCUCUGACCGUGGGUCAGCUAAUCUUCCUGUUUGGGUUACUGGAGAUAAGCCACAUUACCCAGGAUUCUCAGUGGUGGGAGGAAGCCAUCGCUGCCCUGUUCCAGUUAGCCAGUUUUGUGCUGGUGAUCGGUCUGGUGACGUUCUACAGGAUCGGCCCCUACACUCACCUGUCCUACGCCUGCUAUGUUAACAUCGCUGCUUGCUUGUUUGCCACGCUAGCGGCCGCCAUGCUAAUCUGGAAUAUUCUGCAUCGCCGUGAUGACUGCAUAUCUCCGUCAGUCAUCGUCAUCAGCCGAUCUCUGACCACACCCUUCAGGCCGCGCCUAGACAAUGACUAUGUAGAGUCGCCAUGCUGACACAAAGACACACCUCACCUGAGACAAAACACAGGGUGGAUAUUUAGACGGAUGGACGGACACAAAUGCACAUGGAGAGGAGUUCUAUCAUUUUAAGUGAAACUGAUCUCCUGGACUCCGCAAAAAGUGGAUUCGGACUGAAUGGAAGACUUUUGAAAUGCAUUUAAACACAGAAGCAGCAUUGUGGAUUGGGAAGAAUACAACAGACAGAUAAAGAUCAAGCUGGAUCUUGACACGUUUAUGUUCAUAAGUGCACUUGUGAGAAAGUAGAAGCACAUUCGUAUGCACACAUAUCUGUUAUGGUUCUAUGAAACAUGGAGUUUCAGAUUUCAAAAGGAGUCCAGGUAUUGAAUAUUGCUCCCAGGUCAACUGAAUACAGUCCUUUACAGGCCGGCAUGGAAUCUGCACUUUUAUACAUGUUCUCUGCUAAUUGAAGGGAAAAAAAUUCUGGACAGAUUUAAAUUGGGAAAUCUGACAUGUCCAGUCAUUUUUGUGUGUGUGUUUUACAUAAAGAAACCAAAUUUAUUGUUAGAAACAUUGCAAUAUUUUGCAUUAUGACAUAUUUAUUACAAAUAAGCACAUUUGCCCCCAGAUUCUCAAUAUAAUGUGUC